CCACUCGGAAAAUAGACUCUCCCAGAAUAUCUUCACAGGAACGCCAUUUCAAUUGUAGAUAAGAGCUUGAAGUACAAAAACAAAGUUAACCCACCACCCCCCGUUUUCAAACCCACCCCUAUCCCCCCCAAAAAGGGGACCAAAAGACAAAAAAAGAAGAGUAAAGAUCAAAGCUUUAUAGGGGGUCUUUAGAGUUGCUUGUUAGGUCCUUAUCUAUGCAUGAAAUUUGUAUUAAUAGUAUACAUAUUUUUUUAUAUAUUUUCUUUUAGCUGCCACUAUAAGUUUCUUUUUUAGCUCCUCUUGUUGCUUCCUUUGAAGGUUCUUGCUUUUAUUUUUGGGGGUUGUUUUAAUCUGCACACUAUCCAAAGACUGCUAGUUUCUUGAUUUUAGUUUAAAAAUCAAUUCUUUCUUUUUUUCUUUUUCAAGAAAAGGGUUAUCUUUUUAUGUGAUUCUCGAGUUUCUUUUGCAUUUUUAGAUCUUUUGGGUGUUUGAAGUUUUGAAUGAAAGUGAAAUUUUGGAGGCAUAUUUUGGUUAUAAAUUCUUGGACUUGUUGGUGGACUUAUUAGGAAGUUAAAAGGAAGAAGCUUUGCUUAUGAGGGUUCAAGUGUUUUCUAGGAUCAAAUAUUCAUAUUGUAACAUGAGAAGAGAGUAUUGACUUUUUGAGUGAUGGGGACAGAAUGGUUAUUUGCAAGUAAUUUGUAGGAUCAAAGGGUUGAGGUGAGGAUGAGGCAUUCAGGGAUAAUCUGAUUGAGAAUUUUGCAACCAUGAGUUGCAGUGAGAAGAGUAGAGAAAGAGAAGAGGAAGAAAAUCCUGUUGGUAGUGUACAGAAAUACGUUGAAGGCGUAUCGCGAAAUGGAUCAUCAGUAGUACCCUCAAAUCAAUUAUCUAUUGAUGAGAGAGUGUUGGUGGAUCCAAAACAACUCUUUAUCGGAACCAAAAUUGGUGAGGGAGCUCAUGGAAAAGUUUAUGAAGGAAGGUAUGGUGAUCAAAUUGUUGCGAUAAAAGUUCUAAAUGGCGGUAAAACCUCGGAAGAAAGAGCUUCACUUGGAAGCCGUUUUGUUCGGGAGGUUGUUAUGAUGUCAAGAGUAAAACAUGAGAAUCUUGUAAAAUUUAUUGGAGCUUGCAAGGAUCCUUUAAUGGUUAUAGUGACAGAGCUGCUGCCUGGAAUGUCCCUUCGGAAGUACUUAGUCAGCAUUCGUCCAAAAGUGCUUGACCUUCAUGUCGCCUUAAAUUAUGCGCUUGACAUUGCUCGGGCCAUGGAAUGUUUACAUGCCAAUGGCAUUAUACAUAGAGAUCUAAAACCUGACAAUUUGUUGCUCACGGCCAAUCAGAAGUCUGUGAAGCUUGCAGAUUUUGGGCUAGCUAGGGAAGAGACCCUCACUGAGAUGAUGACGGCAGAAACUGGGACGUACCGGUGGAUGGCACCUGAGGUUUGUAUCUAAUUUAGCCAUUUGUUAUU